AAUCAAGCUUUGAAAAGUGAUGGAGGAAGCAUUUCCAACAAAGCCCCCGACAUCUGCAUCGUGUAUAAGCUCCACCUGGAGUGCGGCAGAUUGAUUAACCUCGUCGAUUGGUUAGAGGCAUUCGCAACUGUGGUGUCGGCAGCUGAGGGACCAAAUACAGAUGCAGCUUCCUCAGACCAGGUGGAUGAUAUUAUCCAUGCUCGUUUCAUUCGAGCUGUUUCUGAACUGGAACUCUUGGGCUUCGUGAAGCCUAGCAAGCAGAAAACGGACCACGUGGCGAGGCUGACGUGGGGAGGCUGUUGAUGUGCCACUGAGCUCUCAAUAAACCUGUUCUUU